GACGUCUGCAACUCAGAAAAUAGUCGGCUAAGCACAGCUUCAGAAAUGGUCGAGAUACCGUAGAGCACAAUCUAGUGCGAAGUAGUGAAAAACGCUCUAUUUUUUUCCUCAAAGACUCUCACGCAGUUCGAAAUAUCAGCCACAUACGUACCCUCAACUCUUACAAGUAAGGUUUCUCCAAGUUGUUCGCGUAUUCAUGGAGGAGAAGAAGGAAGACGGCGACUCGGAGAUCCAAGAACACGGACCCGAGCAUUGGUUCUCAAAAUGGGAGCGGCAGUGUUUGGCCGAAGCGGAGCAGAGGGAGCCGAGCGAGGAGGAGGCCGACAACGACCAGGAUAAACUAUGGCAUCUUUUUCAGAACUCUGCCACCGCCGUGGCACAGUUAUACAAAGAUCGAGUAUGCCAUCAACAAGGCCUGUCACUGUGGGUGCCAUUUCAGAAUGCUGCAACAGCAGUCACAAACUUAUACAAAGAAAGCGUCGAUGCCCAUCAGAGAAGCUUCGACAGGGGCAUCCAGAUAGGACACCAGCGGCGUAAUAAGGACAUGUUAGCCUGGGUGAAAAAGCGCCGGAGAACCAUCCGCAGGGAGGAUCUUAUCAGCUUCCUGUGUGGCAAAGCACCUCCACAUAGGAGUAGCAGGGCCAACACAAGGCUGGCCAUGGUGGCACCCAGCCGGGCUAACUCGCCGGUUGAGACCGGCUCGUCUGUAGAAGCCGACCUCCAGCCGUUCAGGGAGGCCAUCGCACUCCACGGUCUGAGCGGCGCCAUGGCGAGCAUCAGCGUGCGUUCGGGCCCCCCGGGGUCUCCUACGCACGUAAGCGGGAGCAGCGGAAGCGGCGCCGGCGGAGGGGCUUCGUCGGGCUCGGCGGCGCUUUGCCGCGGCCGACGCAACGGCCUUCUGGACGUGGACUUGAACACUUUCAUCUCUGAGGAGAUGGCGCUGCACUUGGACUCUACCGGCUCGGCGUCGGCCGGCGGAGGAGGUGCGGCAAGGAAACGAAACUCCACCCAGUGCAGUGACGUCAUCACAGACUCGCCGACUCACAAACGCAACAGGCUGAUCUGAGCCGGGGCGAAGCUUUCCGCUAAGACGGCGGGACUCGUCGUCUCCCUUCCUAUUCUCAAAUCGGAGCGCGUUGCGUGCACCCGCUCCACCGUGUUGGAGGGAUCCUAGCAGUUGUCCCUCGGUGAAGACACACUGUGCUGAAGCCACUUGAUUCUUGACACAUUUGUGCCCUUAACCCCCCCCGACCCCACCCACCACCUUAAUAAGGAAGUAAGGUGUUACCGAGGACGUCAAACGCUUCUUUCUGUUACUCGCUGCUCACUCGCGGCCCACAUUUGAUGUCCUUCCGACGCUUCAACCACUUUCUCUUCUUUUACCGCCAGUGUUAAACAUUAUUUUUCGCUGUUUUCAACAGCGAUAGCCAAAUCUUAAGUUUCACGCCUUUUUUUUGUGUUAUUCUAGUAUUUGUUGAAAACAUUUUUUUUUUCCCCCCAGAUAAACCACCCCCCUCCCACCCCGCCCAAAUUUUCAGUCUUAUUCUAAAAAGCAGCUGCUGCUCUUCUAUGUGAUUGCGCGACGUUUUCAAUAAGUUGCAAUAAGGCUUUUUGCACUUAAGGUUUCAUGCAAACAAAAUCGGCUCUUCCAUCGCAUCGCAGUUUGUAAGCGUCCGGCGAUUCUAACGCGGACGCAGGCGAGCGCGUUCCGUUACGAGCGGCGGAGUUCUCGCUUCUAGUUCUCGUUUGUUUUGUUUCCAUAAAAGUGAGAACGCCGGUCUUGUAAGAAUCAAAGGAAUUCGUCACUAAAAAAAAGACAAUAAAGGCCUAUUAUUUAGUGACGCAUUCAUUUCCGGUCAGGUUCUGAUGUGUUGGAGACAUUUCCCCUUGAAGUGAGCCACUGUUGAUAUCAGUGGCAAAAUAUAUGUCAGUUUUGUUGACACUUCAAAUCUGUUUUACUUCAGCUCUCAUACUCCUGCAUGAUUACUGGCUCGUCUUAUUGUCUCCAUUUUUUUUUUGUCGUAAAAACAAUGAAAAGUGGGAUUUCAUUCGACUACACGGCCUCUGACCACAUGUUAUAAAGGUGUUAUUGCUGAGGGCUGUUUUGUUUGGAUUUGUACAGUUUGGGAAAAAAAGUGUUAAUUUAUCAUAGGAAGGAUUUUGUUUUUCAAUAGGAACUUCCCCUAAAACUAAAACACUUAAUCUAUGGAAGUUUUAGUCCCUUAAUCACACAUGGGGAAAUAUUUUAGAACUUCCUCAGGGGGGGUCUUGUUAAAUUGUGGCAAAAGAAAAAAAAAAAAAAUCCAACCAAACAAAUGUUUAUUCUAUAUUGUAAGCAUUUGCUGUUUAAAUAUUUUCAGACUUAUAUUGCAAUUCCUCUGAGGUUUUAUUUGUUUUCAAAUUGUAUGGCGGGCCAGAUCCAAUGUUCUUGAGGGCUGUAUGUUCCUCACACCCCCUUUGGCUGAAUGUGUCACAAUAUGGUGAAAGGAGGAUUUGUUGGCAGCCUGUUUCAAAUUGGGCAGUUUUUUUGGAUGAUUUGCUUAGCUUUCCUUUUCCACACGCUUUACUCUGCUCAGUGGUUUAACAUUCACUCGCAUCUGCAGCACUUUUGACUGAAAGGCAACACGGUGGUUGUUGCACGUCACAUCUGUUAAAGUGUGACGUGUGUGUGUGUGUGUGUGAAGACAAGAGCUACAUUUCAAAACAAAACCAUUUGGAAUUUAAUCCCAACUCUUGGUUUUUGUCACUUUCUACAACAGGCAGACUUGAGCCACAUGUUUGAAGACUAUCAUCAGCUCUUUCUUCAUACACAAUUGUCAAAAAAGUAAUAAAUAGCUAAUCUAUAUACUUAACAUUUAAUUGUUGGUAUAAUAUAUGUGGUUCGCAAUGUAAAGCUGAAAUAAAACAAUUGAGUUGCAACUUGA